GCAGCAGCCAGCAGGGAGCACCACACUAUCCUCUCUCUCUCCUCCUUUUCUUUCACUCUCUCUCUCUCUCUCGCUCGCAAAGUAGCAGCUGACACCACUCUACUGGAAAUUUCUUUCUUCAUCUUCUUUCUCUUUCUUCCAGUCUUUCGCGCUUGCAGAGGUUUCUUUGCUGAGAGAACAGUGUUGUUGUUGUUGUGUAGGGGCAUUAUUCGUGUAUUGGGGUCUCUGUUCUCUGUUGAUAAUCGCAGUGGCAUUGGAAUCGAGUGAACCCAGAUUUUAGUUCCGGUUCUGGGUUUGUUUUUGAGUGGGUUUAGCUUUUAGUGCGAGGUUAUGGUUCCGGCCAUGGCAGGCCUUUAGUCGCAUUCUUGUUCGGUGUGUCUGAGGUAGCGUAGUAGCGUUAUGUGUUUAUAUUGAUUUGGUUAGAGAGAGAGAAGGAGAGAGAGUUAGGGUGGUUUGGGAAAUGGAGCGGAAGCAAGGGUUCUUCUCGGCGUUAAAGGAAGAAGUGGUUAGGAGCUUAUCGCCGGCGCGAUCAAGGGCGAAGAGUCCGGCGAGAAGCGGGUCGCCUCUCUCUAGGCUGCUAUGGAGGAAGAAGAGUAGUGGUGGUAGCAGCAGCGGUCAUUUUGUUGUGAAUCCCGACACGUUGAUCUCGAGAUCGGGAAGUCUUAGGCCGCUCGGCGAGACGCUGACGCCGUUGAUGGAGGGCCCUGAUCCGGACGGCGGGGACGUCGGAGACUCGAAGCGGGUCGGGUCGGGCUUGGGCCAGUGGAUGAAGGGACAGCUGUCUCGCACCCCCUCUGUCGCCUUGAACGGUUACAGCCGCCGGUCUGAUCUCCGGCUCUUACUUGGGGUCAUGGGUGCGCCUCUCGCCCCGGUGCACGUUAGCACCGCUGACCCCCUCCCUCAUCUCAGUAUCAAAGACACUCCCAUUGAAACAUCAUCUGCUCAAUAUAUAUUGCAGCAAUAUACUGCAGCUUCUGGGGGGCAGAAGUUGCAGCAUUCGGUGAAGAAUGCUUAUGCAAUGGGGAAGGUUAGGAUGUUGGCUUCAGAAAUCGAGACCCCGACGAAGGUAGUGAAGAAUAGGAAUGUUGCGAGAGCUGCUGAGUCUGGCGGGUUUGUGCUUUGGAAAAUGAAUCCCGACAUGUGGUACGUGGAGCUUGCGGUGGGUGGGAGCAAGGUUCACGCGGGUUGUAAUGGAAAGCUCGUUUGGAGGCACACGCCAUGGAUUGGAGCUCAUACUGCAAAAGGUCCCGUUAGGCCAUUGCGAAGAGCCCUUCAGGGUCUGGAUCCAAGAACCACAGCUAGUUUGUUUGCCAAUUCUCGGUGCAUAGGAGAGAAGAAGAUCAACGGGGAGGAUUGCUUCAUCCUCAAGCUCUGUGCUGAUCCUCAAACGCUCAAGGCGAGAAGCGAAGGGCCUGCAGAGAUCAUAAGGCAUGUCCUCUUUGGCUACUUUAGUCAGAAGACCGGGCUUCUUGUUCACAUGGAGGAUUCGCAUCUUACCCGCAUCCAAACGAAUGGCGGGGAUGCUGUUUACUGGGAGACAACUAUAAACUCGUUCUUGGACGAUUACCGCCCUGUCGAAGGGAUCAUGAUUGCCCACUCCGGGCAUUCUGUCGUGACACUAUUCCGUUUCGGGGAGAUGGCCAUGAGCCAUACCAAAACCAGGAUGGAGGAAGCCUGGACUAUCGAAGAGGUAGCCUUCAAUGUCCCGGGCUUAUCACUAGACUGUUUCAUUCCCCCCGCGGAUUUAAGGUCAGGAACUUUAAGCGAAGAUUGCGAGCUUCCUCGGGACGAAAAGGGAAAGAGUUACUGUGCUAAGGUUGCUGCUCUCGAGACAACCCAUGAAGGCAGUGUCGAUAAUGUUGUCUGGAAGGUGGAAAUCUGAACUAUUGUUUAUAUGGAUAGGCAGGUUCUAAUUGACUAACCCAGUAGGAGUUACAAUUAGAAGCAUAUAGGUUUAUCGAGGAAUUUUAGUAGUCUGGGAUGCUACUAUCAUUUUGUAAAUAGAGCGUAAUCAUUCACAGGUCCUUCCUGGGCUUGGAUGAAUCUUUAUACUCUGAACACAAAAUCCAACAAGGGGUUGGAGCUUAAUUUUCCUAGGGGGCGGGGAUAUAAGCAGCAAUGGAUGGUGAAGGUUGAUUUUUAGUUUACCUUCCAUGAACUAAAGAAGGCGGUGAAGCUUUUCCUUCGAGCCAAACCAUUGAUUUCCAUUUCAUGUUAUAAAUCGUUAAAUCUCGUACAGUCCUGGGCAGCUGGAAGAAUUAUUGCAGACAGGACUCACAAUAGUCUUUCUGGUUUUUUUUUUUUUACUAGUUUGCUAUCUGUGUGGGCUUUUCUUUUGUUUAAAAAAGGUUCUUGUUUUGUAUGAAGGAGAACUGGAUUCUUCUCCAUAGCUUAGGAAAGCAGAUGGUAGAGAAAUUGUAACUAGUCUGUGUACCAAACAGGGCAAAUAGCCUUUGUUAAGCUAUCCCAUUUUCUCACUUGUCA